UUAGGGAUUAGGGAUCGCUUAGUUCCGCUGAAGUGCUGAGUUCGUUGAGGGUACGGUGAAAAGUUUUUAGAAGCCAUUUCUGAUUACAUUUAAUAUGUAAAUUUUGAAUUAAAUAUGUUAAAGUUGCAGUGAUAGGGUGAUAUCAUAAUUCAGAAGUCAUUAUACAUUGAAAUAUUUGAUAUUUGCAUAAAAGGUACUAGAUAUUCGAUUCUUUUUUCAUUAAUGGUCGACAGACUCUGUAAUUGGUCUUGUGCAACAUUUGGAGCUUAUUUCAACGGUUGUUGUAACUGAUGUGAGCUCUGAAAUAAUAUGUAAUUUCGAAAUGGAGGGAAGUUCAAUAUCAACAACAAAGAAAGCAAAGAGGACCUCAUAUUCAAGUAAUUUAUAUGUUGAAGACUUUGCGGUUUCUGAAGUUUCACAUGAUGGUGAUACAACUCAGUGUGAAGCAGAAGAAUUUCAAGGAAGUGAUAAAGAGGACAAGGUUGAGGAAGAGGAUGGUGAGGAGAGAAGUGUCAGCAUGCAGUGUGACAUAGUGGAUCAUCAGUACAUUUCUCAGGCUGAUGGAUAUCAAAAACUGAAGCAAGUCAAACAUGGAGACACAAAGUUCAUUAUCUGUUCACCAGAUGAACCCCUAGACUCUACACUGCAACAUCUCAUUACAUCUGUUCGCCCUUCCUGGUGCAACUUCUUGGUAUCUGCAAUCUCUCCAGAGUAGCCCAUUCAGGUACAUCUCCGACUGUGUUAUCUUUGUUGCUGGAAAAAAGAAAGGAAAACUGCGCAGUAGGGAUUCCCAAAACCGAUUAUUCAUGAAUUAUGUGAUUAUAAUUGAAUAGUGUUUGUCUCACACGAGAGAAACUCAUCCACUUUAUAAAAACAAUGAUCGAGUAGGUAAGUUUUCAAGGCGUUUUUGAACUUACAUAGUACUGGUAUAUCUUUAAUAUAUCAUGGCAAAUGAUUUAGCAGUCAAAGUCCUGCAUUGUUGAAGUUGUUCUUGCAUAGACUUGUAUUACAUGGGAUGACGUGCAAGUUGUCUUUUUUCCUUGUGCUGUAUGAGUGUAAUCCUGAGUUGGUUGUGAAAUCAUUCGAAUUGGAUUUUAUGUAUAUUAGAGUUUCAUAUAUGUACAAAGAUGGUAGAGGUAAUAUAUGUAAUGAUUUGAAAAUUUGUUUAUAACUAGUCGUUUUUGGGACCUGGGUCAUAGCUCUUAUAGCUCUCUUCUGUAAUUUAAAGAUCAAUUUUGCAUUUACCGAGUUGCCCCAAAAUAUCAGUCCAUAUGAUAACAAAGAUUGGAAAUGAGCAUAAUAUAACGUGCGGACAGUCUCUAGUCCAGUUACUCUUCUAACUACCCUUAGGCCAAAACAUACUUUACAUAAGUUGUUCGCUAGCUUUUGCGUAUGCAUAGUCCGUCUUAGAUGCUUAUCUAGCCAGACUCCAGAAAUUUUGAGUAUCUGUGUAGUUGAUAACUGUGUCAUAAAUCUUUAUUGGAGGGCAUUCAAGUAGUAGUUUUUGAGGAUGAGGGAAGGCUAUUGCUACUGUUUUGUCUUUAUUAAUAGUUAAUCGAUUCCUCUCAAACCACUCUGUGAUUUUGUUUAUUGUUUCAUUUGUUUUCCUUUGAAUUUCGUUAGCGCUAUAAAAAUGCUAGUAUCAUCGGCAAAGAAGGUAGGUUUCCCAUGUUCUAUGCUGGCCUCCAGGUCGUUUAUAUAUAACAGAAACAACACUGGUCCCAGAACGGAACCUUGUCGGACGCCAUAGCUGAUGGGUCUCUUUCAGGAUAGGUAAUUAAUGUUACGAUUAAUUUUUUUGCAUCUGUAUGUAAUUUCUACCACUUGUUCUGUUUUCUAAGUAUGUUUGGAACCACCUUAGUGUAACCCCUUGUAUUCCUAUUCUUUCCAUCUUACUUAGCAAUAUAUCAUGAUCUACUAGGUCGAACGCUUUUGAUAAAUCCAAAAAUAUCCCUAUACUCAUUUCUUUUUCAUCUAGUGCUUUGUAAACCCUUUUUGUAAAUUCUGUGAUUGCUGUAUGUGUUGAUUUUCCUUUGCAGAAUCCAUGUUGUUUGUUGUUGAUUAUGCUGUACUUAUUUAUGAGUGAUAAAAGUCUAUUGUCCAUAAUUUUUUCGAUUUGAGAAAAAAGAAAACAAAAUUAAUGACACUGGCCUGUAGUUCCCAACAUCUGCAGUACAAGCUUUCUUAUACAAGGGUUUCACUUUUGCUAUUUUUAGUUGGUCGGGGAAAUGACAGAUUUAUUAUCUAUGUUAGAGCAUUUACUAGUUGAGGAUGACAUUUUUUAAUAAUUAACUCUGGAAUAUCAUCAGUGACCAUUGAUUUUUUGUUACCCAGUGUUUUAAUUAUGUCUACCAGUGGUAGACCUUUCAGACCAACCCUUUCAGUGGUUGGGGUUAAGAACAUGCUAUUGCUAUUGUAUUUUAUUGUGUUUAUCCUGUCUUCAUUGUUUUGUGCUGUCAGAUUGUUACUUCGGAUGUGCUGGGCAAUGUUAGUAUAGUAUUCAUUAAAAACAUUGGCUAUAACUUUUGGAUCCUGUAUAGUUGUUCCAUUCACUCUUAAUUCAAUGUUCUUUGGAACUUUUUGCUGAUUGCCUAAUUCUUUUAUUAAAUCCCACAUGGCUUUUGAUUUGUUCCCAGAUGCUUAAUUUUUACCCAUUUUUUAGGCAUAGGUAUAUUGUGAUAGUACUGAAAGAUGCCUAAAAAUUCAUUGUAUGCAUCAUUUGCCUCAUUUUGUUUAAGAAUAGGCUCCAAGGUAUCUUUUCCUAGUAAAUAGUUUAGAUAUUGUACGUUUUCCUCACUAUAAGAUCUAGCUAAUCUGAACUCUUUGGUUAGUCUACCUUGUCCUUUUUUGUUCUUAUAAAGCAUUUGUACUUGUAGUAUUUGGGCAUUAUGGUCAGAGACCUGUUUCCACCACUUUAAAGUUGUAUUCCCACAAGCCCUUGUUUAGUAUUAUUUGGUCUAUGACUGUUUGGCUUUUAGGUCCUAUUCUUGUUGGGACAUCAACUAUUGCUUGCAAGCCAUAUGAGUCUAGCAUUGUCUGUCGUUGUGGAUUUACAAUUCUUUUUAGAAAAUCUGCAUUGAGAUCUCCUGCUAUAAUAAUGUUCUUUCCUUUAUUGGUCAGAUUGCUAAGUAUUGUGUCCAAGUUUUUUAUAAAUAUGUUGAUAUUGCUAUUAGGGGUUCUAUAUAUACAGAUUAUGAUAGUAUUAAAUUGUAAAAGUUCAAUUGUGCUGGCCUCAAAAGUGUUCUUCUUGAUUUAAGCUUUCAAACAGGUUACAGGGUUUUGCAUCUAGAUUUAACAUAAAUGCAAGAGUCUCCAUGAAAUUUAUUUUUCCUACAGAAUUUUGAUAUUAAGGAAUAGUUUUCAAAGUUAUAAUAACCUAUUUCUCUUUCAUCCAACCCAUGUUCAGUGAUACAGAGUAUAUCCGAUUCUAACGUUUUGAUGUAAUAACUGGAUGGUUGAACAUAUUUUAUUAGUAUUCUUGAGAGUACCAGUACUAUUCGUAUCUAUAAAAAUCUUUACUUAGCUUUUCUGGGAGCUUCCUUUUCCUAGUUAACAUCCGAAUUUCCUGAUGUUGCUUUCCUUCCAGUGGUGCCACACUGUUGGGGGAUGGGUCGACAAAGGUUUCAUCAGCUUCAUUCCUUUGGCUUUCUGCAUUCUCCUCAUGGACAGUUUCCUCCUUGUGUUUUCCUGACAUGGGCUCUUCAUGCACGGUUCCCUCCUUGUAUUCUAGUGGUAUAGCAUUAUUGGCUCUUGCCGCAACCUUUCGUUGUACCAAUUGUGCUAUCUGUUGACACGUCUUUCUUUUCCUUUGUAAUUCAUGUGCUGGCCAUUGUUUGUGAAAUGAUGUCUGUUUAGAUUUACCUUGCUGAUUGUUACGUGUUUAUGUAAUUUGAGCCCUCUUGUUAGAAGUCUGUUGAAUCAUAUGGUUUCUUUGUUGACACAUGACCAAUCAGCCAGGUCAUGUCUGCGUAGAUCUUCCAUUACAAUAAUGUUGGUGUGACUGGUCUUUUUAGCAAAGCUAAUUAUGCUACUUAUUCCUUCCCUAGCUCUAUUCUUGCUAAUGUCGUCGUUGCCAGCACACACUAUUAUAACAUCGUCCUUUGACAUGCUUUUCUCAAUAUUGGUAUUUAGGAUGUCUCUGGAUUUUGCUCCUGGUUUCACAAUUCCACUGACACCAAACUCUUUACUUAACUUCAUAUUUAUUAAGUCUGAACAUCCUCUCACAUGACUAUCCCCGAGUAUCAGGACUCUGUGUUUCUCAAGUUUUUGCACUUCAUCUAUGUUACCUUCGAUGUAAUCAUUGUACUGUUGAUUUGAUUUUCCAUGUUUCUUGACCCUAGUCACACCGUUCACUAUUGUUGGUAUUGGCCUAUCUACAAUGUCUUUAGCUGUUUGAAAGUUAGAUUUAUUUGUUUGAUUGUUUAUUGCUCAGGAUUUGAUGAUUAAUUUGCAC